AACACUGCGUGCCGGUGUGCGCAACAGCUGACAGCACUGCCCCGAGUUUAAGUUUGGUUUGUUUUAGUUUAUAAAAUUGGCGGAAUCUAUAAAAACUACGCAUAACAUGAAUCGCACCGAGCAGACAUUUGAGGAUCUCAAGUCGUACUUUCGAUCGCAUAGUAAAAUACGCGAGCAGCGGCCGCACAUGUCAAAGGUACAUUCGGUGUGCUGGAACGCAAAUGGCUGCCACUUGGCUUCCGGGUCAUUUGACAAAACUGUCGCUGUUUACGCCUUGGAGCGCGAUCGAUUCGUCAAGAGCAACGUAUUUCGCGGCCACACUGCGUCCGUGGACCAAUUGUGUUGGCACAAAACGAAUCCGGACCAGUUCAGCACGGCCAGCGGCGACAAGACCGUGCGCAUUUGGGACAUACGGGUUGGCAAAUGUGUUUCAGUUACCAACACAAAGGGCGAAAACAUAAAUAUCGCCUGGUCGCCAGACGGCAAGACAAUUGCCGUGGGUAACAAGGAGGAUUUGAUUACAUUCAUAGACACGCGCACGAAUAAAAUCCGUGUGGAGGAGCCGUUUAGCUUUGAGGUCAAUGAGAUAUCGUGGAACAACACAAAUGAUUUAUUCUUUCUGACCAAUGGCAUGGGCUGCAUGCACGUACUCAACUACCCCAGCCUGGAGCACCAGAUGACGCUAAAGGCACACCCCGCCAAUUGUAUAUGCAUUGAAUUCGGACCGACAGGCAAAUACUUUGCGACGGGAUCAGCGGAUGCACAGGUUUCACUCUGGGAUGCCAACGAGUUGGCCUGCCUGCGCAUGAUUAGCCGCCUGGAGUGGCCCGUGCGUACUAUAUCUUUUAGCCACGAUGAGCGACUGAUAGCCUCUGCCAGCGAGGAUCUGGUCAUAGACAUUGCGUACACAGAGACGGGCGAGCGAGUCACCGACAUUCAUGUGGACGCUUCCACCUUCACGGUAGCAUGGCAUCCCAAGCAGUAUCUACUGGCCUAUGCCUGUGAUGAAAAGGAAACUAUUGGCGAUCGGCGUCGCGAUGUUGGCAACGUGAAGAUCUACGGUUUUCCCGAGUAGCUACAGAGUUCAAAUAGCCACAAUUCAUACAAUUUGCGCAUAUUCAACGGAUUCAUUUAGAUAUUAAUGACUGCCUAAAACAUUCAUGUUCUUAAUUAUUUAUGUUAAGCAAAUAAUGUAGGUAAAAUAAAAAUGUAAUAUUUCUUUCUGAA